AUGUCUUCAACAUCGUUUCAACUUCAGCAUCUUUCUGAUGCACAACUUGAGGGUCUGAUAAACGAACGAGCUCGUUUUAAACAACGAUCUCAUGAUACACAUACCGAGACUCACCGACCACAAUUAGAAAGUUCUUCUUUGAUCAAUUCUUCUCCAACAACAACUACAUCGGAACUUCCACCACAGAUUGAUGUUGUUCUUCUUGGCGAUUCUAUGUUGGAACGAUUCAAAACCACGGGAAAGGAUACGCAGAUCGGUCAGCUACAAUAUCCGCGAAUGUUCAAUGCUGGUGUGGGUGGAGAUAAGGUUGAAAAUGUACUCUAUCGUAUCGAAUUGGGAUUACUCAUCAUGCUGAAAGCUAAGAAUCCUAAACUCAUUGUGAUACACAUAGGCACUAAUAAUCUUCAACCUAAACGAUCGUUACAUGGUCUGCAUUUAGAUAACUAUCAUCUUCUCUUGCAAGCUUUGCUUAGAUUUUUGCCUGUCCAAACACAAAUACUUGUUACAGGCCUUUUUAAACGAAGAGACGUCGACGACCAGUGUGUUUUACAAUCAAAUAUAGAUAUAAAACAAAUUGUUAAUAUGAUUAACACACAAGAAACAAAAAGACAAGCAGAAGAGAACAAUCGUGUUCAUUGGAUAGAACCACCUGAAGAAAUACAACUAGAUCAUUUAACUGACAAUGUUCAUCUCAAUCUUCGUGGGUAUCAAAUUUGGGAUGAAAAACUUUAUGGGAAAAUUCAACAAUUAUUAAAUACAAAAUAA